AAGGCCACUAAGCACACAGUUUCUCCAGGCCCAUCUCAACAGCCAGGAGGGUCCGGCCUUGCAGCGUUACAGCAGGAGGGAUAGGCCUUUGAACAUUACACCAGCUCCCAAGAACCUGGCAGAGAGGACAUUUCAGAACCUUCGGGGAUGAAGUGAACCUGCUAAACGCGAGUAUUCUGAAGUCUCAGGAGGCUGGCCUGUUUAAAUGUCUGCGACCCAUGAGAAGGACAUAUAAGGAGCCAUGGCACUCCCUUUUCAAAAAGAGCUGGAGAAAUACAAGAACAUUGAUGAAGAUGAGCUUCUUGGCAAACUCUCAGAAGAGGAACUGAAACAGUUGGAAAAUGUUCUCGAUGACCUGGAUCCCAAGAGCGCACUUCUACCAGCUGGAUUCCGACAGAAGGACCAGACCCAGAAAGCAGCCACCGGCCCGUUUGACCGUGAGCACCUCCUCAUGUACCUGGAGAAGGAGGCUUUGGAACAGAAGGACAGGGAAGACUUUGUGCCCUUCACUGGAGAAAAGAAAGGGAGAGUCUUCAUCCCCAAAGAAAAGCCCAUAGAAACUCGUAAAGAAGAAAAAGUGACCCUUGACCCAGAACUGGAAGAAGCUUUGGCCAGUGCCUCCGACACCGAACUCUAUGAUCUUGCAGCUGUUCUCGGGGUACACAAUUUACUCAACAAUCCAAAGUUUGAUGAAGAAGUGACCAACGCUAAAGGUGGCAAAGCACCUGUGAGAAAUGUGGUCAAAGGUGAGAAGGUCAAACCAAUAUUUGAGGAACCGCCCAAUCCUACCAAUGUGGAAGUGAGUCUGCAGCAAAUGAAAGCCAAUGAUCCCAGCCUGCAAGAAGUCAACCUCAACAACAUUAAGAACAUUCCAAUUCCAACCCUGAAGGAAUUUGCAAAAGCUCUGGAAACCAACACUCAUGUAAAGAAGUUCAGCCUGGCUGCAACCCGUAGCAAUGACCCCGUGGCGAUCGCUUUUGCAGAUAUGCUGAAAGUGAAUAAGACCUUGAAAAGCCUCAACAUCGAAUCCAAUUUCAUCACUGGGACUGGGAUCCUGGCCCUGGUGGAGGCAUUGAGAGAGAAUGACACCCUGACCGAGAUCAAGAUCGACAACCAGAGGCAGCAGUUGGGAACGGCUGUGGAGAUGGAAAUUGCCCAGAUGCUUGAGGAGAAUUCAAGGAUCCUCAAGUUUGGAUAUCAGUUUACCAAGCAAGGGCCUCGAACGAGGGUGGCAGCCGCCAUCACAAAGAAUAAUGACCUAGUUCGUAAAAAGCGAGUUGAAGGAGACCGAAGGUAAACUUCUACAAGAGAAGGCAGAGUUGUACCAUGGUGGCCAUUGAAAAAGAAGCAAGCAAAAACUCAUCUCCUUCCCCGUCAGGACCAUUUUACCCAAGGUUGUGCAUUUCCGUUCACCACCCAGCUAAUCAUGUAAUUGCUGUUCUUUUUUAGCACUACUUAUUUAUCUUGGAUUUUUUAAUAUAUACAGUUGUCUCAUUUGCUCACGGGCACCUCUGGCCACUCGCACCAGUGGACCUCAGCAGACCCUAGUGGGUAACAGCAAUUGAAAAUUACUUCACCACUUUCAUAUUGGGUUGUCUGGCUUUCUUAUGUGAAUUUUUUUUUUUUAAAUCACUGAAAGGAGUUUAGUAUAUACGUGUAUUUGUAACUGUGAUUACGAUAGAGGCCUAUCUCUGUUUACAUGCAUAGCUUUGAGUUAGGCUAAAUACAUCAGAAGUACUCUUCUGACCACAUAAGAAGUUAGUAUUGCCAAUCUUUCACUGGAUGAGAAAAUGUGACCAGCUUGGCACAAAUUCUCCCCUAGUUCCAGAAAAAUCACUAAAUGCACAUGCCACUGUUUGAAGAUCAGUGGAAUCAUCUUCCUGAAAGCAAGGCAGCAUUAUAAUACUUUUAAUACAACAUCAGCAAAUAAGUCUGAAAUAGUAACCCAUGAACGGUCUUUAAGGCAGACUUACAGGCAGCAAAAUUAAUCAGCACACCUACUUCUAUUGAUCAUUCAACACAAAUUCGAUCUUUAACAUUACUCUAAUAGAUAACUUUUUACAAAGCUGUUUUAAACUUUUCCAGACGUGAUGGGAAAUUUUUAAAUUUUAGAAACAGGGCGGCUUUUAAAACAGUACAUUCCUCAAUAAAA